GGAAACAGUGGACCAAUAGCGUACUUAAUAUCCCAAUAAAAUGCGCAACAUAUCUAAAUGGUGCUCACUAUAAAUAUAUUCAGUGCGAUGGCGGACGGCGUAUGCCUCUUUGUCCCAUUGUGCACUCGUACAUUCAUUUCCUGGACACCUAUCAGUAGAGAUUAUCAGGAGUCUAAUGACCAGCCGGUACUACUUUUGACUCGUAGUUCUUUUCUAAUUGUUGUUUUUAAAUUAUAUAUCUGUUUAUACAUCAUUUGAUGUAAUGUGUCCUCAGGAAAAUCUUUGUUGCUGUAUUUUUACAAAGCUCGCAGAUAAGACAUUUGCAUGAAUAUCAUUGUCAGUGCAUCUGUCGUUAGCUCAAGUUCCAUUUUCCCGGAAGUUUCUAAUGAAGCUUCCCCGAAACGGGCGACGUUUUCUGGGAAUAAGUUGGUUGUUAACACAUUAACAAAUGGUCCUUAUAAAUCAUGAUCAACUUUGAUAACAAUCAUUUUGGCCGACUACUCAAGUUUUCUGAAAAAAAUACUUUAAAACCUUGCCAAAAUUUCGGGACUUCGGCUAAGCACAGCUGAAUAUUCCUGGUAGUGCCUUUUUCUUGAAUGAAGAUUCCCCGAUAUGCAAUGUUGAAAGACUUCCUAUUGUUCGUGAGUUAUGAUUGUUACAGGUUAUAACAGUACUGUAGACACUUGUUAUUCGCGUAUAUCGUCAGCCUGACCAAGUCGUUUUCCUAGGUCUACGUUAUUAUUUGAGACUGCGAAAUCUUAUACCUUGUUUCCGAUGGGAAGCUGGCAGUUGGUUUUUUCAAGGCUCUAGCAAGUUAUAAGUAAGUUAACUAAUGACUUUAGUGGGAAUAACAUGAGCAAGUAUCCUUUUAUAAGCUCAGCUUGAUAUUGAAGACGUCAGUUUUAGUGUAGUCUUCAGAUCACAGUGCUUAGGAUACCAUAGCAAAUGCAUUCCAUAUCCUACCUUCACAGUUUUGGUCCAAGCUACCACAAAAAUUGGCGUUCACUACUGACCACAUCUUUGUGGGUACAUUUAUUUUUACGGGCAAAUAUAUGUGUGACCAGUCGUUAAACUAUAGCUUUUUACAGCAUCUUAUGAAUAUUCAUGAUCACUUAUCACUGAAUUCACACAGCGACUUCAUAUAGACAAAUAACUGUGUGAUCUGGACAACCAGUGGUUGUGGAUUUCAUUUUCGUUUUUACAUCAAAAGUCUGUUAUAUCCUUAACAAAUAUAAUCAGAACAUGUCCUAAUAUAUACACUACCGUCUUCAUAUUCCAUUCGUUAAAAUCUAAUAAAUAUGUACUUUGUUUUUUAGCCUUGACCGUCUUUUUGUGUUACUGGAAAGUUGUCCCAACGCGUCUUUACGAACUGCAGCUGCAGAACAACUUGGAGAGAUCGCAAAAAGUAGUCCAUCAAGCAUUGAUUAUGUCUUCACAUGUGUAAGGAAUUUAUUUGUCUUUAAAACACUUUCUAAUUGUCUGAUCAUUACAUAUAUAUAUAUAAAGCAUUUAUUUAACCACUGAUUUUGAGGGUAUAUCGGAAUUAUCAUGUGGUCUAUUUGUUUUUUUCGUUCAUGAUUAUAAAAGAAGUGUAAAGCACUUUUAGAAAUUCAUCGACUCCUAUUCAUUACGUUUUGGAACUUGUUUUUUAUGUCAUCGUGAAUUAGUUGAUGAAAAGUAUGUUUUAUCGUUGACUCAGUAGCUUUGUGGCCAAAGGGUUCGACUCAAUCACUAAGUCUUGCGUUCAAACCCUCUCCACCUACUUCAGUUUCUUUAACCGGGUAGUAUCACCAGAUGUAAAAGAGUGUAACUAAUCCCCAAGCAUCCGGUGAGUCAUUUUACUCUUUUUAAAGAUUUUUCAUAUUUAAACUCUAAGUCUGGUCAAUUACCAUAGCCCGGUAUCUGGUAAGAACCAAGUUUCGUUCAGCUUUAUCUGAUUAAUUUCCGUAUGCAUCAGAAUGUUGUUUUUGACCAUUGAAUUCGGUGUUUUUUCGAAUCACUCUUUUAAUCUUUCGAAUAUCACAUUGAAUUUUGUCUCAAAAUUUUACUGCCAUAUAGUAGUAAAAGCAUUUUAAAAUGACAUUCAAUGGAAGAACCUACAAUGUCCACAGUUAUAGAUUUAGUUGACUUUACAGUAAAUUCGAUCCUGUGUCCCUUCAUUUAAUUUCAUCCCUACUGUAAAUCGUGACCACAAUUCUUUGAAUUUCACUAUUAUUUGUCCUUCUGUCAUCUGGAAUUUUUUGGUCAGCAUUCUCAUAUUUCUAAAGAAACAUCAAGCGGUCUUUAGACUUGGCAAGGAUUUUUUUGGACUUUAUGUUUUAACUUCUAAUGUACGUUUAGUUACUAACUAUCAUAUUUAUAUCUCCCACUAAACCUGAAGCUUAUCCCUCUCCUGCGACAUAAAAACUGGGUUUCUCGUGUUGCUGCAUCAGAAGCUAUUCGUCACAUUGUUCGUCACUUGCCUGAUUGGGAACCAACUGUGAAUUGUCAAAGCUACAUAGAUCAGAAGGACGUUUCAACUAAUGGCUUCCUCAGCCUAAGUGGACUUCGGAUCGACUAUGUUCUAGCUCAGGGUGCUCGACUUUAUAGUAUGGAUGCGCGAGAGCUGGACAGAAAUAACUGUCGGGGUUAUUUUGAGCGGUGUAAAAAGAAUAAUGAAAAUGCAAUGGAAUGUGAUACAUGUGAUCCACAAACAGUCAUUCACCCUUCUCAAAUCUUACCACCAGUACAACGCCAAGAAAUCAACAGUCGUCUAGGCCUGGAAAAUGAUAAUCUAUUAACUGAAGUUUUGGAGAGUCAUGCUGAUGUAUCAAUUGAUAAAUGGAUAACAACAGACGAUUUUAAUGAUGAAACACAACCUGGAUUCACUCAAGUAGAUGUUGAGAGUUGUGUACGGAGUGCUUACAUUGCUCAUAUCGACACAGAUGAGAAAAGAUUCUGUCAGUCCCCUGUUCAGUAUGAUACAAAACGUAUCAAACUAGACUCAUCAAGUGACGUCACCAUUGAUAAAUCUGGAUUGAAUGUUCAAGCUACUGCUUCUGUAUUAAACCAGCCUUUGGGACAUUGGCCAUUAGAUAGAAUGUGUACUACACUUUUAGGUGAUUUGUGGGCAUUGCGUUGGGAGACACGUCAUGGCGCAGCCUCUGGUCUACGAGAAUUACUGUCAGAGCCAAGACAUACUAAACAAGCAGGAAAAUAUAUUGGUCAAUCCGAAAUAGAGAUGUAUAAUAGCCAUUACCAAUAUUUGGAAGAUAUUGUAGUUCGUGUACUUUGUACCUUAGCUCUGGACCAGUUGUCUGAUUUUAUUUCCGAUGAAGUUGUAGCUCCAGUACGUGAAACCGCUGCACAAUUAUUAGGUGUAUUAUCUUUGCAUUUAACAACUGAACAAGUACUAUUAGUAGCAAAACACUUAAUAUUUCUUGUAUCUUUAAACGAUGAAACAGUAACUAAACUGUGCACUAAUAUACCUUGUCAAAAGGACAAUACAAAUGCUUCCAAAAACAGUUGGAUGAUAGCACAUGGUGGAUUAUUAGGCAUCAAAUAUUUGCUUGCUUCAAGAAAGGAUUUAAAAGAUACAUUAUUACCACAUGUUACACCGUGCUUAAUUAGCCGAUUGUUUGGGAUACCAAUUAUAGCUGAUAAUCAAAUCGUCUCUCAACAAAGUGGUCGUCCAUCUUCAUUUAGUGCUAAUGCUCUUGCCGACGAUGAAGAUAUACGUGCUGCUGCCGCUUCAGCAUUACUGCCAAUGAUUGAUACAAUGUGGGUCGAAUCACUUAGUCAGUAUGAAUAUAAUUUAUUUGUAAACCAUGUUUGGUCAUUGAUCCGUAAUACACCAUCAGAUUUAUCACCAUCCACUGGACCUGUACUUAGUUUAGUCUGUGCACUUACUAAAGCUGAAGUGGGAAAGAGGCAGUCUAGCGAACAGCAUAACAGUACAAUCAAAUCAGAAGAGGAUAUUAGCAUUUAUCAAAUUAAUACAAGUGAAAAAAUAAUGAUAAUAACAGAACUACUGCACCAUGUUUCUUCAUCUAUUCGUCAAAGUGCUUUGAACACUCUACAAUGUGUAAUAGAAUCUUGUGAAAAUCAGAUAGAAAGCUUAUCUACUGAUACGUUACAUAUAAUAUUAGAUAACUUAUUCCUGAGGAUACUUUUAGAACCAUGUACCUCAAUACGUGCCCUGGUUACGAAUCUCACAAUCAAAAUUAUUCAAGCAGCUGAAGUGGAUUACCUUGUUGAAGCGAGUAUUCGACGUUUAGAUGUAUGGCUAUGUCAAGUUAUGCAACCGACUGGUAUCCCCUACCCAAAUAAAUUUUUAGUACCCUGUUUAAGAUCUAACUCAGAUAUACAGUUAACAACUAGUGAAUUGAGUUCGAAUAAUGUUGAAUUAACGAAUCUAGGAGUUACAUCAACUGCGAACAUCCCAUCAAGUAAUCAACAGUCUGUAUUUAUACCUCAACCAACAUAUUGUAUUGGUGGUUUUCAGUGCUUAACCGCUAGUCGUUCAGAAAUGGAAUCUUAUGUUUUAGAAACCAGGAUCUCUGCUGUUCGUGUUUUAGCAUAUUUGUGUUCGCGUAUUUGUCAAUACAACCAGUUAAUUCCAGUUCAUUUAUUACCAUGUAUAUCAGAUAAUCCAAAGUCAUCUACUUCAUCAUUAUCAUCAUCAGCAAACAACAUUGAUCAUAAUCAUGUUAAUAGUAAAUCAAUUAGUGUUUUAAAUUAUGUAAUUGGAAAAUUAAUAAGUCAGUUACAUUUAAAGGAUAGAUUAGCAAUGCAACGUUUUAUCUCUGGACUAUUACUGUCUUGUUGGUCUUUAUUACCUCCGAUUUCAUGUUUACCAACUGGUUCUGGUGAUAGUAACGAUAAUAACUCAAUGAAUUCAUCAAAUAGGUUGUUUAAUUCCAUAAAUCCAUUUAACCAAGUAAAUUACAUUGACAAAUUAACUUACACAUGGGCUAAUUUAUUGAAUACUUCCUCAUCAACAUUAUUAACAUAUCAUUUAGAACGGCUACAGAAUUUAUCAGAGAAUGUUUUCACUAAUAUUAAAGUUGACCUACAUGAUAUAACAAAGCAACUACGUGGACGAUUAGAAUCUUGUUUAACUGAAGUAAUUUAUUAUGAAGAAAUAUUAGCUCCUUUCAAAUUAAUGCAAGAAGAUUGUCGUGAAUUAAUUCGACUGAUGAAAAGUGGUGGCCUUCCUGUUGAUUCUCAAAUUCCAUUAAACGGUGUCUUAACAAUAGUUCAUUGUAAAACACUACUUCAAAAAGUGGCCGAAAUAAUUCAUGUUGAAAAACAGCAUUCAGAGAAUGAAGUAUCUUGUGUUGUUGAUUCAUCUCUAUUGGAUCGCUUACAUUGUCAAUUUGAAAGAACUCGAACUACAGUUGACCAUUGUCUUACUUUACAAUUAUAUCUGGGAAACCGUGUCGAAUUGGGCAUAGCCUGUGCAUUUGCUAACAUGAAUUGGAUUUUACCAGGUCGUUUAAGUUUGCUUAUUCGUCCGUUAAUGGACACUAUACGAUGUGUGAAACCAUGUAUAAAUCAAUCCGAUAGUUCUGUGCGAUCAUUGAAUUCAGGUACCGAUGGUAUUUUCCAAAUAAAUUCCCGUCACAAUAUUACUUCUACUGCUACAACUACGUCAUCGAUUUUCGGUGGUAGUAGUAGUAAUAGCAGUGCUGUUGGGGCAUGCAUAGAUAUUUUACCAAUUGGGACAUGUGUACAUCUUCAACGCUUGGCUGCCAGUUGUUUAGCGCGUCUUUUGUGGUUAGAGUGGAAGAUGUUAAGCACUAAUCUCCCAUCACAAUCAUCAUCAACAUUGUUGACGAAUAAAAGUUUACUUCCAAACACUUCCAAAGCUGCUACCAAAGUAAUCAAAAAUCUAACUUCCUAUUUAGUAGAAUCUGAUUCAGACUUCUUGUUGUCUCUAUCAAGUACUUCAAAUCCGUCAUCAGAAGCAAGUGAUCAGCCCAAUGAAGAUCAAUCAUCAUUUGAUACUAAAAUAGCAUGUGUUAAUUCGCUCUCUACAUACCGAUUAGACUUGGUUACAACCACGUCGUCAUCGUCUGAAACACAACAACAAUCUUCCCAACAUCGUGGGGCUUACAUUUCUUUGUCUUGCAUUUGUUAUACAUUUAUCAAUUUAUAUCAUCAUGAAGAGGGUGAAACUUGUUGGUCAUCAUCAAGUAAGAGUAUGGAACCUAUCGAUCACAAACCUUGUUUGCAUCGUUUAUCAAAUGCCUCAUUAAAUAGUCUUCGCCUAGGCAUACCAUCAUUAUGGCAUUUGUUUUGGAUAAAUCCGGUGAAAAUUGUUAUUAAUUUAUAUCGCCAAUCAGGCAUUUCAGUAGAAAACGGUAAAUUUAUAGAAGAAGGUGGAGAAAUACCUGAAAGGAGAGGAAAUUUUCACUUGACUUUGAAGAAAUUGACCGAUGAAGUCAAAUUUAAUAUGUCCAAACUGAAAUCAGUAGAUUUGCCUAAAUCAAGUCAAGAUGAAUUACUUAGUGGAUUGAUUGUAUUAUCUUCAUGUCUCAAUGUUAUUCUACCUUGUAUUGAUCCAGAUCAAAAAGAAAGCUCUUGUGAUCAAAAAGAUGAUAUAUCAUUUGAACAAAUUAUCUGGUUAGCUUCAUUAGUUAUUCGUUUACCAAAUAUUGUUUAUCGUCGGGUCGGUGCACGUCUUCUUGCUGAUUUAACUUUAUUAAAACCUGUUUAUACAUUAAAUAUUUUAUUGCCAUUACUAUUGUUAACUAGUAACGGCAUUUUUUUGCCAACUGAUUCAUCAACAAUAUGUGUCGGUACAUUGGAGACAUUUUUAACAAUUGUUGACAAAUUCUCCAACAUGCAUAAUUCAUCCAGUUAUAUUCUUCAAAGUGUACCACCAGUUAUUCUUGAAGAUCCACUUGCUGAACCGAAUUCGAAGUCAUCCUCGUUAUUAUCAAUGUGUAGAUGUUUUAUGAGUCCUGUGAAUGAACAAUUGACGUCAGAUUUUGAGUCAAAACUUCCAAACGAAUUAACAACUAAAACAAAUAACAUUACUGUUAUUAGUAAUAAUGAAGAUGGAUCAAGUUCAUUAUUAUCUAAUAAUCUGAAAUUGUUUUUACCAUAUGUAGUUUUAUUACUAACUCCAACAUUAAGAUUAAUAUCGAAUUCUAAUCAGCAUAUACGUUCUAUCGCGGGAAGAUUAUUUGCAGCUUUACUGAAUUUACUACCGUUAGAGUCAUCCAUUCCAAAUCCUGAAAACAUGAAGGAAGAAUUUAAACAAAUUCGUCUUGCACAACGUGAAUUUAUUGAUAAUUUACUACAUCCUGAUCGUAUUCAAUCAUACAAUCUACCAAUUAAAAUAAACGGUACACUACGAACAUACCAACAGGAAGGAGUAAAUUGGCUGUGCUUUCUUAAUCGUUACGGUCUCAAUGGUGUAUUGUGUGAUGACUUAGGUUUAGGUAAAACGUUACAAACGAUUUGUAUACUAGCCGGUAGUCACCAUGAAUUGAAACAAUGUUUGGCAAUAAAUAACUCCAAUAAAUACCAUAUGUCUAAUGAGUCAAAUGUGAUGGAUACAAAGGUAGAUGGAAAAUCCCCAAUCUCCCUAGUUAUUUGUCCAUCUACUUUAUGUGCUCAUUGGUUUCAUGAAAUACAACAUUUUGCACAAACUGAAGAUUUAAAUCCUUUGAUUUAUGGCGGCAGUCCCUCAGUUAGACAAAACCUUCAGUCCAAAUUACAUCAGUAUGAUGUAAUCAUUACGUCGUAUGACUUGGUUCGAAGUGAUGUAGGAUUUUUGGAAUUAGUCAACUGGAAUUAUAUUGUUCUAGAUGAGGGUCAUAUUAUCAAAAGUAGUAAAUCAAAGGUCACUCGUGCAGUGAAACAUUUAGUUGCUCAGCAUCGUCUUAUUUUGACGGGAACACCUAUUCAAAAUAGAGUUACUGAGCUAUGGUCUCUAUUCGACUUUCUUAUGCCCGAGUUUCUGGGUACAGAACAUUACUUUUUAGCGAAAUUCGCACGUCCUGUGGCUUCUAGUCGAGAUCCGAAAGCUUCUAAAUCUGACCAACAAGCAGGUCAAUUAGCACUAGAGAAACUUCAUCGACUUGUAUUGCCAUUUAUGUUGAGACGGUUAAAAGAGGAUGUUAUGCAAGAUUUACCGCCGAAGAUUAUUCAAGAUUUCGCUUGUAAAAUGACACCGAUUCAACGUAAACUGUAUGAAUCAUUUCAAAAAACCGAUGAAGGACAAAAAGUGAUGAAUUUUGUAUCAACUAGUAGUGGUGACUUCUAUUCUGAAUGUCGUUCUUCCUCGUUUGGUGGCGUUUCUACAUCACAUGGUUUUCAUGCUCUACGCUACUUUCAAGCAGUUUGCAAUCAUCCAUGUUUAGUUUUGAAAUCUAAUCACCCUUUACUUGAUGAGGUUAAACAAGAAUUAUGCAUAGAUUCAAUGGAACAGUUAAGAACAGUUCACUAUAGUGGAAAACUAUUAGCUUUAUGCCGUCUUCUAACUGAUUGUGGCUUCGGGAGUCCAAACUCAAUCAAUGGCUCAAAUGUUGGCAGUAGUGGUAAUAUUUAUUCAACCACUUUGUCAUCAACGUCUGCGACAUCGACUUCAUCUCAUUAUUUGGAUUCUUAUCCAGGUCUACUAAGUCAGCACAGAGCUUUAAUAUUCUUUCAAACACGUGAAAUGUUACAAUUGACUGGAGAAAUGCUUAAAAAACAAUUUCCAUGGAUAACUGCUACACGAUUAGAUGGUACUGUACCGGUGAACGAACGGCACAAUCGUGUGGUUAAAUUCAAUCAAGAUCCAUCGAUCGAUUUGAUGUUAUUGACAACAGCUGUUGGCGGAUUAGGGUUAAAUUUGACUGGUGCAGAUACUGUAAUCUUUGUGGAACAUGACUGGAACCCAAGUAAAGAUUUACAGGCCAUGGAUCGAGCUCAUCGUAUCGGUCAACGACGCACAGUCAAUGUUUAUCGUCUAAUUACUGAAGAUAGCAUAGAAGAGCAAAUUAUGAAUUUACAAGCCUUCAAAUUGCAUUUAGCCAAUACAGUUUUAACAGCAGAUAAUAAAAGUUUGAAUGAAAUGGAUACAGGACAUUUAUUUGAUCGAUUAACAGAGAACAACGACAAUCGAAUGUCUAGAGAUAAUCAUACAGAUUUUCAAUUUGCUUCACUAGAUGAUCUUGAAGCAUGUUAUGAAGCUGAAUAUAAUUUAGAUACUUUUGUUGCUCGUUUAAAAACAAAUUAAUCUUUUUAUUCUUACCCUAUGUACAAAUUUAUAGAUUUGUCCUUACAAAUUGUCAGUUAAUUUAUUUUCAUUGUUGGUUUUUGUCAUUACUGUUCGUCUCUCCAUUUUUGGCCAAUUUUAUUACAAGUUAUCUUACAAUGAAGUAGUUGAUGUGUUAUUUUAUCUCUGAGAAACAAUAUCUCAUUUGUUGCAUUUCUUCAUUUUAUCGUUUAUCUUGUCUUAUUUCAUCCAUCCUGAUGUAUGUAUUUCAAUAUGCGGAUGAUGAUUACUUUCCAACUUGUUGGCUAACCCUUUUGUUUUUGUCAGCGAAAAUCAGUAUCGAUUAUUAAAUGUAGAAUUGUUAUUUUAUGCCUAAAUGUCUUAUUGGGGUUCCGAUAAGUUAUUGAAAUUCAGUUUUUGAGUCGGAAUCAGUUACUGUUGCCCAGUAACAUUUAAUCUUGAUACAAAUAGUGAAUGCGCUAAUGUUCUGUAUGUUAUUACUAUCUUUGUUACGGAUUUUUCAGUUUCUUAUCAUUGCAAUGUCCUUUUUUUAUAUGCCUAUUGUUACUAUUUUGAAUCAUAUGUACUAAAACUACUACAUUAAUCUGUAACAGGUUUGAUAUCAAUUAUAUCCAAUUUUACGGAUCUAAGAAUCCUGUGUACAACCAUGAUGUUGAUGAUUUCUGAACUUUAUGGUUUAUUGUAUCUAAUGUUAAAUGUCCGUAAAAUAUAGAAUAGAAUGGUUUUAUACUGAUUAACACUUAUCACUGAGCUAAUGAUCUUUUUUUCCCAGUAAACUGAUGCUCCUUCUAAGAUUUGAGCGCGGUGUAUGAAUCCUAAAUUUUAAUAAUUCACUUACUGUCCGUAAUACUAGUAUAGUAUUCAUUUUUUUUAAAUACGUUGAACAAUAUCAAGAUCGGUAUAACAUAUUACAUAGAAGGUUCAAAAUAUCAGUCCAAUGAGUUCUGAUUCUUCUUAUUAAAGUGCACAUGUUUAAUAUACAGUUUCAGUGCGAUCAUAUAAGUACAAAUGCAAUUAAAAUACUUCCCAUUGUAAACCAGCCGAACGUAAUAUCAUUGUCUGAGAAGACCAAUAUCCAAUCGAGUAACUAACAGGCAAAAUUAUUGAAAUUGUGUUUCUUUUAUCGUAUUCAAUCGACUUGCGUCAUGUGACAUUUAUUUUAAUACAUUUCUAGAUGUGUAUAUUUUUAUGUUGCUUGUGUUUUUAACGUUAAUACGCUUGCUAGUUUAAU